AUGGCUGGCAAGAAGGGGGCCGACAACAGUAAGAAAGCAGCCGGCCAGGCGCGCAAGGCCGAGGCAGCAGCACAAAAGCAGGCCAAUGAAGAUGCAAAGAGGGCAGCUGCAGAAGACGCAGAUUGGCAGAAGGGCUCAAAGAGCAGUGCAAAAAAGGAGGCCGAGGCUGCAAAAAAGGCGGAGCAAGCUCGAAAGAAGGCGGAGCGCGAUGCUAUGCUUGCCGAAGAGGAGAAGAAUAACCCAGGCCGGUCGGCCCCAAAGAACAGCAAGGCCGCACAGAAGAAGACUAGAGGUCUCGACCUGUCACAGCUCGACGACAAUAGUGGGCUUGCGGCACUGAAUGCAUCGGGUAUCGACAACGCACUCGAUGCGCUCUCCCUGACGGCGUCGGGCUCCGAUGGCAAGGUCGACAGGCACCCAGAGAGGCGGUUCAAGGCUGCGUAUGCCGCAUACGAGGAACGGCGGCUGAGCGAGAUGGAGGUCGAUGGCACUGGUCAGGGCCUAAGGCUAAACCAACGGAAGGAGAAAAUCAAGAAGGAGUUUGAAAAGAGCCCGGAAAACCCAUUCAACCAAGUCAGUGCGAGAUAUGAUGCUACCAAGGAGGAGCUUGCGCAGAUCAAGGCACAGGAAAAGGCGAAGAUCGAGCAGAGACUCGGGUCGAAGUAA